AUGCUCUCCUUCGGUCUAUCAGUCUUUUCAAAACAAUCAACAUCGCCUGUUCCUUCUUCAUCCUUACAAAAGCGCUCUCCAAAACUUAGCAUUCUUAAUGCGAUGACAGGAGGUUCAGAGGGGGGUGGAACUAACCUCAAUAGAAAACCGUGUGAUCCUUUUGUGAUCGAUCCACAAACUUGGGUUGACUUGGAUAUAGAUGGAUACUUACAAAAGUAUCCAAAUGCUGAUAGGAUUACACUACAAGACUUUGCUAAAGAUAAUAAUAUGCCAAACUUCUUUUGUGGAGUUGGAAUGGAGUGUAACGCUGGACAGCUUUGCCAUCCAGCUCAAGGAAUCAAUUGGCUCAUCUUAUAUGCUGCUCAGCAAUGGAACAAUUAUAUGAAUUCGUUGUACAAGGCGGUUGAAAUAGCUAUUGACCUAGUUAGAGAGAAAAGUGACUUGACGUUUCCUUGGUCGACUAACAAUUCAGAUACGGCGUCUACAAUAGUCUCUGAUUUUGCAACUACUGAGCCUAUCGAUACAUCGAUGUGGUGGUGGAGUUUAGGAAACGUUGUAUGCGGUGUGAUAGGUUCUAUCACCGCUCUUGCCGUUCCAGCCUUUUUACCAGCAGAUGCUAUCAUGGUAUCUGCAGCUCUUGCAUCCGCUGGACCUGCGGCCAUGGCUUACAAUGCAAUGCCACAAUCACAUGGACCUAGUAUACCACUUCUUCAGGAGGAAGGUAAACUAUCCUUUGAUGAAGCAAAGAAGGCAGCAAAACAAAGAAACUUUCAUGAAUUAGAGAAGCAAAGAUCCGCACAAGAUAUUCAAACUAUGAGACAAUUUUUCUUAGAUGAUUCUUAUAAUAAUCGACCACAUAAUCUUCAUUAUGAACCUUCACCACAAGUUAUGGGUCAGUUUCAAAGGGUUCUAUCUCCUCAAGAUCCUUUCUUAGAAGGCGGUUUACGUGAAGUACAUGAAGUAACACCAAGAAGUCCAGUAUCGCCAAAGCCCCCAACUUCACUUCAACGUCGUAGCCAUCUACAAAAACGAGGAAGACCAAGCUCAUAUGCAUUUACAAGAUACUCGUACAUUCAACCUCAUUUAAAUGCACUGCAGAACAGAAUUCAAGGAUUUGUUGCAUUAACAUUGAAGUUAGGAACUAUGGCACCUAUCUUAGCAGAUGGAGGAAUAGCUUCGAUUCUUUAUCAAGGUGCUUAUCUAAGUCCUAAUCCAAGUGAAGUUAAAAUUCAAGAAGGUGCACAGAAAUUAGCACAAAUUUUGGUUCUGAGUCAAUUCCUUAGAAGUUUGAAUAUGUUUGUUACGAUUGGAAGUGAUCCUUGCAAGUACAAAGGGCCAAAUGGAGCAAAAAACAAACCUGGAAACCUGUCCUACUGCACCCCUGAUGGCUUGAUGAUGAACAUUAUUUUAUCACAUCAAGAUAAAGCUAUCAACGAGAUCCGUAAUGCGAAUUUAUUAAAAGACAAGUACGGUUACAGUGUAGAAUUCUUGACUAAAUCCGCUUGGGAAUGUCAAAAGAAAUAUGGGAUUUAUACAACUGCAAAGCCACCACCACCUUCUAGUAUGAGAUCUGAUUGUAUAUUUCAACUUCCAGUAUGUGAUUGUACUUUACCAGAGGUAGCACAUCUACGUUCUAAGAAGAAAAGUACAGUUGUGGCUUGUCGAACUGGUGCUGGCCUUCCAAUUUAA